AUGAUCGAGCUGUCUCUGCGAGAUAAUUGCCUCACCAGCAUCCAAGGCGUGCAGUGGCCGUCAACACUGACCCUGUUGCUGCUGAAUCACAAUGACAUCAGCGACAUAUCAGGACAGGCGUGGCCCCCAACACUCCGGGAGCUCGACUUGCAGGCCAACAACAUCAGCAAUCUCGACAACCAAACCUGGCCCGAGACCAUCACCCGCCUCUGGCUGCGGCACAACCGUAUUGCCAGCAUUGCGUCUCAGAAGUGGCCCGCCGCCCUUGAAGUGCUGUACCUCUCCAAUAACCGCAUCGCCAGCAUUUCCACCAACGCGUCGUGGCCACCAACGCUCCAGUAUCUCUACUUGCAUGACAACGCCAUCACCCACCUUGGCUUGCAGCAGUGGCCCGACACGUUGCGCGACAUCUUCCUGGACGAGAACCGCAUCUCCACCAUCGACAAUCAGCGGUGGCCACCAAACCUGAACCAGCUCCUCCUUGCCAACAACAGCAUCACCAGCGUCACGGGGCAGGUCUUCCCUUCGGGGCUCACUGUCCUGUUGCUUAGCGGAAACAACAUCAGUGACAUCAGCAACCAGCGGUGGCCACCAUCGCUCGUGACGCUUGGCCUUGACCGAAACAACAUCACCAGCAUUUCCAACCAGACGUGGCCAGCAGGUCUCACGCUGCUUGGCCUCUCCAACAACACCCUGGGCCCCGACGGCAUUGUCGGCCAGACAUGGCCACCUGCGCUUGACGCCCUCUUCCUUGACUACACAGGCAUCAGCAACAUCUCUACGCAACAGUGGCCGCGCAACCUGACCAUGCUGCGACUCGAGCACAACAGCAUCGCCGACAUCAGCAGCCAGUCCUGGCCGCCGGCAGUGAAGGUGCUGCAGCUCUCUGACAACAACAUCCAGAACAUCACCGGACAGGCGUGGCCAGACACCGUCACCACGCUUGCCUUGAACGCCAACAACAUCUCGAUGAUCGACCAGCAGGCGUGGCCCAAGGCGCUACAAAUUCUUCGCCUGCAGCAGAACGCCAUCACCUCCAUCAUCAACCAGCGGUGGCCUGAAGGCUUGCGGGAGCUGCAGUUGCACGAGAAUGGGAUCUCGGCCGUUGGCAAGCAGCAGUGGCCACGGUCCUUGGUGACGCUGUUUCUUCACACCAAUCGCAUCACAAGGCUGCCUGCUGGGCCCGGCGCAUGGCCGCCAAGUCUCAUUCGCCUCACCCUCCACAACAACACCAUCGGCUCCAUCGACGAACAGCAUUGGCCACAAACCUUGGAAAGCCUCGUGCUCGUGAACAAUAGCAUCACCUCCUUGCCACAACGGCAGGGCUAUUGGCCCAAGCCGCUGCGAAACCUGCUGCUUGCCUUCAACUCCAUCACCAGCAUCGACAAUCAGGUGUGGCCACGUGGUCUGGAGACGCUCUUCCUGCACCAGAACAACAUCACGCAGCUGCCAGUUGGGCCAGACGUGUGGCCUCCGCGGCUGCGCGCACUGACUCUCGGCUUCAAUGCCAUCAGCAGCAUCCAACACCAGCAGUGGCCACCCACACUUGUUGACCUUGAGCUGCAGCGCAACAACAUCAGCUCCAUACAAGGCCAAGUCUGGCCACCGCGAUUGACGGACCUGUGGCUGCAUAACAAUCCGCUCAAGUCAAUUGAAGGGCAGCUCUGGCCCUCAACCUUGGAGAUUCUGCAGCUUGCCGCGACGCAAAUCAGCAGCAUCGACACCCAGGUCUGGCCGGCAACCCUGAAAGAGCUGCGCCUGAGUGACAACGCAAUUGCACACCUGCCAACCACCACGGGCUACUGGCCACGCGGGCUGGAGGAGCUUGACCUCGGUGACAACGACAUCGACAGCAUUGAGGGCCAACACUGGCCCGGCUCACUGCGUAGCCUCUCUUUGUCCGGCAAUAAAGUCCGGAGCAUUGUUGGGCAGGCAUGGCCGAUGCGCUUGGAGCACCUGUUCCUGAGUGACAACUUCAUCCCCAACAUUGAGGGGCAGCUGUGGCCGCGCGGUCUGACUCGUCUCUUCUUGUCGUCCAACGCCAUCACAAAGCUGGGCACACAAGUCUGGCCGCCUGGGCUGCUGGAACUCAACUUUAACUCGAACCAGCUGACCUCCGUUGAAGGCCAGUCGUGGCCGACAACCUUGCAGCGACUAGGCCUGGCAAACAACAAUCUGCAGAGGUUCAACGCUGACGCCCUUCCAAAUGGCCUUGAGGACCUCACGCUGUUUUCCAACGACAUCAGCGUGCUCGAAAGCACUCAGUGGCCUUCCAACCUGAAGGAGCUGGGCCUCAGCUCGAACCUUCUAAGCGACGUCAGCUCGCAACAGUGGCCGCCUUUGCUAUCUGUGUUGAACCUACGUGACAACAAAGUCUCCAGCGUGGAUGGCGUGAACUGGCCUCUUGAGCUGCGUCUUCUGCUCCUUGACACCAACCGCAUCACCAGCAUUGCACAGCAGACGUGGCCCUCGACUUUGACCCUGCUCACGCUCGGCAGCAAUCGAUUGACGUCCAUCGCCAGCCAAGUCUGGCCGCGAGCUCUGCUCACGCUGCGGCUGGACAACAACGCCAUUUCAUCCGUGGCGAACCAAACCUGGCCACCCUCGCUGAAGACCCUGUACCUUCAGCGCAACGCCAUCGCAUUUGAUGACGACCCUGCUGUCAAUGCCGCGUUCCACACAGCGUCGUCCCUCACGACGCUUGACCUCUCCUUCAACGACAUCUCCAGCCUGCAGGGGGGCGUAUUCCCGGAUGCGCUGCAACGGCUUGCCCUGAGAAACAACCGCCUAACCACACUGACGCAAAAUGUGCAUUGGCCACCACAGCUUGAGGCCGCGGGCGCCACGGCAUUGAUGGACAUGAUGUUGGCGAACGGCAGCACCAGCACCAGCAGUAGCAGCAGCAGCACCACCAGCAGCAGCACCACAACCAGCAGCAGCAGUAGUAGCAGCACCAGCAGUAGCAGCAGCAGCAGCAGCAGCAGCAGCAGCAGCAGCAGUCACCGGCAACAACAGCCACAACAGCCACCACAUCAGCCACAGCAGCAGCACAUCUGGUCGUGCGAACUGACGGAAAGCGGACAGGCGCUCGUGUUGGCGCAAGACGCCAGCCGUGAGGUGAUUGCUGAGAAGCAGGAAGACCAGACAAACGUGUUCUACGGCGUUGUUGGCGGCGCUUUCCUGUUGCUGUUUGUGCUCCUGGUUGCGCUGCACUCCAGAUUCCAAGGUGUGAAGCGCAUCGCACUGGUGCUGUUGAUUCUCUUUGAUGUGGCCACUGACUGGGGUUUCUGGGGCCUGGUGUUGACCACAGACGACUUCCGAGACAGCUACCAGUGCGAAACAUCCUUUCCAGUGUACCGUUGCGAGGGCGCGGGUGCUGGCUUCUCAUGCGACAGCUAUGGUGACUUGAAGAGCGUGUGCGGCGGCCUGCCGUUUGCUCCAGCAGAUGCAACAAACGAGUGCGAGUGCAACAGCAACACCUGCUCAUUCGGGUAUGUGUCCUUUGAGGAAACAGGCAGCUUUGUUGUUGUUGAAGAUGCGUGUGACUUGUCACUGGACACGGACGACACUGGAUUCGUCAAGUUCCAGCUGCAGUCGUGCACGACUUUUGGGUCUCUGGACAAUUUCGCCAACCACACCUGCGGUUACCUAAACGCCAACGACCCGAAUGCGACGGGCAGCAGCGAGUGCGAGUGCUAUGGCGGGCAGUGUCGCGUGGUGCCCGGUGCAAGCGGGACGUGCCGCGGGUUUUACGGCGGUAACUACGAGGCGCUGGUGUGGGCGGCGUUUGCCUCCGUCGUUGUCGGCACCGUCAUCGCCUUGAUUGAGGCGGGUCUCGAAUGGCAGAGCCAGCGCCGCGUCCGCGUCCACCUCACGUCCCAGCUCGCUGCCAGAGACGGUGGCCAGCGUGAGCAAGAGGCGCAAGAGGCACAAAAGGAUCAAGUUGAGCAAGAUGGGCAAGGUUGCAUGGAUGUGGUCGAGGAGGAUGGGGGUGGUCAAGACGACAAAGGUGCAUCGUUUGACACCGGAGUCCCGUUUGACGCCUUUGGUCAAGAUCGGCAGGUUGGCGGCGGUGGGUUGGAGCUGGAGCCUGGUGGUGGUGCUGACGAUGGAGAUGACGAGGAGGACGGUGGAAACGGGGAUGACAAGGGUGACAGGGUCGACAGGGGUGACAAGGUCGACAGGGUUGACAUUGUGCUUGGUGUCCUGAGGCUGCUCCUGGAGGACUUGCCGCAGCUAGGUGUGCAAGUGAUCUACCUCACCGUGCUCGGGCAGGAGCACGAACCCACGGCGAUCCUGAGCCUCGUCGUGACCUGUGUCUCCAUUGUGGUGACGGCAACUUGGAUGCUGAAGAAGUGUUGUGGCUGUUGCGCUGGCGAGCGGCAAGAGUUGUAAGUUAGAACGAGAGAGUAGGGGAUGUGUGUGUGUGUCUGUG